UAUAAAAAAAAGCUAUGUGUGAACUUUGACGAACUUUGCUGAACAGCACGCCAAUUUGUGCCUGGCAAUAUUGUUUUGAUUUUCGCUUGUAAUAGCAGAUCAACCCUGCGCCAUUAAUCAAAAAAGAAGUUUCGCGAUAACAUUUUACCGACUAAUUAAAAACGGAAUCCAAAUAAUUGUUUAGAACUACUUUGAGAGACUUAUAAGACAAAAAUACGCAGAAAUGGCUAUGCCCAAUUUGUCCCAUGCCGACUUGGAAAAGUUGAAAUUUUUUAUAAAUUUCGUAUCUCAAAAUCCAACUGUUCUUAAUCUCCCACAACUACAGUUUGUUAAAGAUUUUUUGGAAAAAUUUGGAGGUAAAGUGCCGACUGGAGAAUUUAAGAUGCCCACUGGUGCUGCCGGCGGAAAAUGUCCAUUUGGCGGGGACGCAGCCGGCGGUAGUGGUAUGAAUGUUGAUGAAUCGGAGGAAUCGGAAUUGGAAGAUUCAGAUCCUGAGUCGGAGGUAGAAUUAGACUUGGAAGCUAAAACAAAACAUAAACGGAAAAGGCAGAAAAGUGGACCGGAUUUGGCGCCUCGAUCUAUUAUUGACGAUAAUUUCAUCAAUACAAGUGCAGUUUAUCUCGAGGAAACGAACGUAAUCAGAAAACAAGAGCCAAUAAAAACUGAACGAGAAAAUUCUGAUUGUGAACAAAACAAUAUCGAAGAGUUUGAAUGUCAGGUGGAAGCUGUUUAUGACAAUGAUGAAGAGGAUAAUAUUGAUGAAGAGGAUCCUAUCGAAACUAAUGCUGCGUCUGUUACGUUGAAAUUUGAAUUAGAUAGUGAUUGCGAAAAUGAUGAUCUUCAUGAUGAAAAUUAUAAAGAAGUCGAAGACGAUAGCGAUAGUGACGAAUCUGCAGAAAUGGUUUCUACGCGAAGAGAAACCCGUAGUUGUAAACGGAAAUUAGGAAAAAAGAAAAGUCACACAAGGAAUAGAAAUUUUUACACAGAAUUGAAACCAGAGAAGAAAGUAAGGAAACCUAAACCGGUUAAUUGCAAUGGGAAAUGUAGAAAAGAUUGUGUUAAAAUUGAUGAAGAUCAACGGCUGAAGUUGUGUAAACAGUUCUGGUCAUUGGGUUUCGUGGAACGCAAAAACUAUUUGCUAACGUGUAUAGAGAAAAAACCGCUUGGAAAAAUGCGUAUUAUAAAACGAGUAAAAGAAGCACGUCAACACACUAAUCACUAUUUCAUGCCUACAGGCGAGGGUGAACGCGUCAGGGUAUGCCUAGAUUUCUUUUUGAAAACACUUGUUAUAAGUGGUUACUUGGUGAAGGAUGCGCUGGAGAAUAACGAUGGCAAAGGUCAUUAUACCGGUACAGAUUUGCGCGGUGGCAGCGGCGAGGGGCGACGUCUAAAAAGUGAAAUAGCGAAACAGAAGCGUGAUUGUUCUAUGGAAGACAUAGUGUCUAGUGCAGAUAAUUCAGUCACUGAAGAAGCCAGAGAACAAGUGGAUCAUGUUGUUACAAGGGAUAUAACUACAACUGAAACAGAUGUACUAAAUUAUGCAACACGUGAGCUAAGCGAACAAAAUGAACAUGUAGAGGAGAACGAAACUGAGGAAAAUCGAAUUGAAAAGAUUUCAUCAAUUUCUACGCAAGAAACCAAACGUAACGAAUGUUUAGUAGUUUUAUCUGAACCUACUGAACCGGAGACUUCAACUGUAGCGAAAAUUAAAUCUAAAUCUAAUAAUCGUCCCAGUAGAAAAGGUAUCCCGGUAAAGAAAGAUCGUAUACCACAGCCCGUUAAUUGUGCCGAAUCGUGUCGCUUUAAAUGUCACACAAAAUUCACCGAGGAGCAACGCUCACUCUUAUGUGCGGCAUUUUGGCGUUUGAGUUAUAAAAGACGUAAAGAUUUUGUGUUGUCACGCGUUGAAGUACAUGAAAAUACCAGCACGACUGCAGCGGAGCACCGAAAGACGAAUCGUGUACGGGUUUAUACAAAUCGUUAUUUUCUACGUGGCGAACGCGGUGAAAAUGUACGCGUCUGUUCGCGUUUCUUCAACACAACGCUUUGCAUCGGCAGUCACUUCCUCGCCAAUGCACAGAAAAAUGUCGAUAAACAGACCGGUGCCUACGCGGGCGAAGAUCGGCGGGGACGCACUGCCAAAAAGAAUAAAAUAUCAGAUGAACUUGUGUGCGGUGUGCGCGAACAUAUCAACAGCUACCCCACAUGGGUGCCACAUAAAAGUUAUAAAACCCGCUUUUUGCACAGUUCAUUGAAUAUAGUGAAAAUGUAUUCGGAAUAUAAAGUGGAUUGUGAACGUCAAAAUAAAGCAGCCGUCAGUCCCAGUUACUUUCGACGCGUAUUCCAUAAGGAUUUCAAGUUGGCUUUUUUGCAACCCACUUCUAAACAUGCGCACAAAGUCAGCUCACAGAGAAAGAGCAAUGAGGCGACUAAAUCUGACAUUGGCAAUAAUUUAGCUAAUGCAAAUGUAGACAAUGCAUUGUUGGGUGACAGCACAAUUGUCAAGGGAAACGGCAGCAGCGUGCCGGCAACGAAAAAACUCAAUCCGAAUAUUUCCACAUUCACCGGUGAAGAGGGCGGCUUUUGGACGCAACUAACACCAAAUGCAACUGAAACUAUGCGCUUCUUACAGCAGCGUUAUGCGCCACAAGCGCCAACGCCUGUUAUUGUGCCCACAAUAUAUCAUCACCAACAGCAACUAAUACAAACGCCACCAUCAACAUCACAAACAUCACAAAUGCAACAACAGCAACAACAGCAACAACAACAACAACCACAACCACAACAUUUACCACCCGCAAUAAUGCCCACUCCUGCCUAUCAACUUGUGCCACAAGCCGGAGGCGGCGGCGGCGGUGGCUAUGUGCAUCAGCCGCACAUCAUGAACGCCGGCUACGAGAGCGAAGAGCGUGCACAAAACUUUCAUAUGCUUUAAGGAAUGAAAAUUAAAUUUAGUUAAUUGUAAGCAAAUAUAUGCAACUUAUGUAUUAGUAAUACAAACUUGAAUAUAGUAGAUAGCUUUACUUUAAGUAUGUUGGGAAUUUUAAUUUCACACAUUCAGUGUAUUUUGCUUUAUUUAUAAGUAAAAUAAAACAAAAAAAAAAUAGUUACAAUUAUGAAAUAAACAGUUCGAAUUUGUAUUUAACCCGAGUGCAAACGUAGCAACAAGGCGAAGCCAACAAAAGUGU